GACUUGCAGUGCCUCGAUCAGCUCACUGUAACAAGAUGGGCGGCGCCUUCUCGACGUCGAAGCCGAAGCCCGCCGCCGGCGAGGAGGGCGGCGAGUCCGCCGUGGUGGCCGUCCACUCCAAGGCCAAGUGGGACGAGCUGUGGGACGCCCACAAGAACACCACAAAGCUGGUGGUGAUAGACUUCUCGGCGUCGUGGUGUGGGCCGUGCAAGAUGAUGGAGCCGGUGUUCAAGGAGAUGGCCGGCCGCUUCACCGACGUCGCCUUCCUCAAGGUCGACGUCGACGAGCUCGCGGAGGUGGCGCGGACCUGGCGGGUGGAGGCGAUGCCGACGUUCGUGCUGGCGAGGGGCGGCGAGGAGGUCGGCCGCAUCGUCGGCGCCGACAAGGACGAGCUCGAGAAGACCAUCAACACGCUCAGGUCAUCGUCGUCGUCGACGGCGACGACGACGUGAUUGGUUGGGAGAUGCAUAAAUAAACAUGUUGUCAUGUUCAUCAGUCAUCACCACCUAGCUCUGCUGCUGGUUAAUUUAAGUACUACCACUACCUUAGUUAAUUAGCUCUCCCGGUUUGCCUAAUAAAUAUUCCGCAUUGUAAUAUAGCCAACUUAAUUAGUUCGUAUGUUCGCGUGUGUUGUGAUCGUCUGCUAGUUAUGUACAGUCUUGAAGCCUGAGUGCUGGAGCUAAUAAAGAUUUGCAUAACUUGGAUUGGA